GGAUGGGCGAGUCACGUGCUUGCCUUCGAGUGAAACCUGUGGUUAACGUUACUGAAAUGGGAGCGAGAAGAACGGGAAAAGGAAGGAAAGCGAAUAAGGUAAGCGACCUCCAACGCGAUGGUUCCACUACACAGAGCGCGGAGUUAUGUCUUUCGCAGAAUAAUAGAAGGAGUUGGUUAGUGUGUCGGAAUAAAAGUUUUUAUGUCGAAAAGUAGGCGGUAAAGAGAGGGCUGAGUCACAUUGUUGAGUCCUCGAGUGAAGUUUACCUCCUGUUCACUCAGCCAAACAUGUGAAAAGAGCUGUGUUCGGAGGAAAAAAAUCAUAUCGCAGUCUCCAAACUACAUUGAAAACGAUAUUAGCUUAACAUAGUGUCAGACCAGAGUAUUGGGCUGACCUGUUCUCUUGUCCGAACCCCCUGGCUGUGUGCCAGCUCAAGCUAUAAAGUCCACAGGUCCAGGCCUCCUUCCAUGCGCGCAGUGAUAUCAUUUGAUACGGACUACAAAGUGAUCCUGUUUUCUCGUUACCUGUUUGUUAUUAAAGCAAGUAGAGCUUAGGAACAGCUUCAUAAUAACAGUAGCAGGCGUCUGUCUGACUCGAACUGGUGAUAAAGUCAAAAGUGAACUAACAGUCCUCGUCGUGAGCCGCUACUCUACAGUUUAGUCACAGCUCAAGAAUUCAGGUCCUUUACUCCAGCUAUUAAUACCAUGCUAGAAUUUAAAAUAGUACUCUACGGCUGAUGAUAAUAAUCUGUUAAAUAAAUUAAUAAGACGGUUAUUUUCAUUAUUAACCCUUUAUGUUAUAUUAAAUGAAAAUUUCUCCUUGCAUUGACCAGUUGUGAUAAGCCUGAACCAAAGGAGACGUUUGAUUGGUCAAUACUCUGAGAAAGCUUAAAGUGGACCUGUUACACUUUUUAUUUUACAUCUUUUUCAUUAUACAUUGUCACAAUGGUGAAAUUAGUUGAACUUUAAUAUGUUAAUGUGACUUCUUCCCCAUUACUUCUGUUGUUGCAGGGCGGGGUCAACAUCUUCCCAGUGAUAUUGAAAAUGGUAUAGAAUAACAAGUAAUUUCCUGGUUAUCGGUAUAGAGUUUGAAAUUCUAGUAAUGUGACAACUCUAGAGCUAUGUCCACCCCAGUGUACUUUAAGGUCCUGUACCUUGGAUAGUUCUCAUAGUACAACUGUAAAAUUUUGAUUGUUUGAUAGCUUCAUUAAGCAUAAUUAGGUCAUACAAAAAACAGCUGAUUGUGAGAGGGUCAGGUGGAAGGCACUCACUGACUGGCAACUCAAUUUAUGUUAGUUUUGGCUGGAGAGGCGAGAGUGAACAGAGGUAGCUGGUUAGCAGAGACUGAACUUUCAAACUAAGGUGAUUCAUCUGUACACUGUAUAGUCAUACAAGGUUUGCAUUCUGACCUGCAAGCCAAUGUAAGUCGUGUUGAGUGACUGCGUGUAAACGAGGGACCAUCACCAUCCUCAUGUCCUAUGGAGGAGGCUCUUACGGACGCACUGAGCGUGUCCACCAUGCGCCCCACUAUGACCAGGUACCCAGUUCUUUACCCCGAUCAGACUCCUAUGAUCUACAGCCCCUGAGAGAGCAAAGAGCUCCUCAUCUUGCUCAGAGCACCGACCCUCUUCCACCUCCACCUUUGCCUGCUCAGCCUCCUGUUGGCCCUGAGUUUGACCCCAGUGGAAGUGAAGACAACGCUGAUCAAGAGCCUGAUCCUGCCAUUGACAUCAAACCAGUCCACCGCUUUAUCCCCAACUCAUGGAAGAACUUCUUCAGAGGAAGCAAUCGCAGUAGUGAAAAGACGUGGUCCAUGCCUGCCUCUUCAAGCAAUAACAACAGCACAACAGACGGAGUUCGCUGCUCCCCCCCACACUCCCCCUCUCUUCCUGCGUCAUUCCGAGAUAAAUAUGGUGGAUCAGGCGGCAGCUACAACUCACGGAAAGAGCUUCUGGAAGCAAGGGAUGGCCAUGAUUCUAUGUCUGGGCACACCUACCAUACAGGUCUGACCUACAGUGAGCGAGUGCAGGAGUACCAUCAGCGCUAUGCCUACAUGAAGUCCUGGGCUGGACUGCUGAGGAUUCUGGGCUGUGUGGAGCUGCUGCUGGGAGCAGGUGUAUUUGCCUGUGUCUGUGCUUAUAUCCACAAAGACAAUGAGUGGUUCAACAUGUUUGGAUAUUCGUCUCCUGGUGGAGCUUAUGGAGCAGGUUACUAUGGUGGCAGCAUAGACGGGACCUACUACUACACAGGCCCCAAAACCCCUUUUGUGUUGGUAGUGGCAGGGCUGGCAUGGGUGGUAACUGUGAUCAUGUUAGUGCUCGGGAUGACCAUGUACUACCGCACCAUCCUGCUGGACUCUUCCUGGUGGCCUGUGACUGAGUUUAUCAUAAACUUGGCCUUGGCAUUGCUGUACAUGGCAGCAGGUAUUGUCUAUGUUCGAGACACAAAUCGUGGAGGGCUCUGCUCCUACCCAGUGUUCAACAAUGGUAUUAACGGAGCGUUCUGCAGAACGGAAGCAGGCCAGAUUGCUGCCAUUAUCUUCCUCUUUGUCACAAUGCUUGUGUAUCUGAUUGGAGCCAUUGUGUGCCUCAAGCUGUGGAGACAUGAAGCUGCACGUAAAUACCGGGAGAGGUACGGCCAGGAGAUGCAGCCAUCAAACAUACGAGCUGUGCAGUCAUUGAUGGUAACAGAUUCUGCUCCUGCUCCCAGAAUUCCAGAACAGGUCCAGGGCUCUUCAGUGGUUCCCAUCCAUACUGCACCAAAAGCAAUUCCUGCAAAGGUUUUGCAGGGAGCUAUACCUUCGGGGCACAUUCCUAAACCUGUUAUAGUGCCAGACUACAUUGCUAAGUACCCAGUGAUCCGGUCAGAUGAGGAGCGGGACCAGUACCGGGCCGUGUUUAACGAUCAGUAUGCAGAGUACAAAGAGCUCCACUCAGAGGUGCAGGCAACCCUCAAGAAGUUUGAUGAAAUGGACGCUAUGAUGCGCAGUUUACCUCAGCACCCUACCAACCAGAUGGAGGUGGAUCGCAUUAACAGAAUCCUCCAGGAGUACCAAAGGAAGAAAAAUGAUCCCACUUUCCUAGAAAAGAAAGAGCGUUGUGAGUAUCUGAAGAACAAGCUAUCACACAUCAAACAGAAGAUCCAAGAAUAUGAUAAAGUCAUGGAGUGGAAUGACGGCUACAGCUGAAAACCUCUGAGAAAUUCCUGUACUGCAGCACAAAUACUGAACUGCUGUCGCCAUCUCUACAUCACCAGUGCUAAAAAUGAGCACUUGAUGUUGCAAGUUGAUGUUGAAUGCAGUCAAAACCAUGAGCUUAUCAAGCUUUCCCUGCCUUUUGAAAUCUGUUCAGCGACAAUAUCUGGAAGAAAACACAUCUGUCAACAGUUUCUCUUUUGAAUGUGGGGUUUCUUAAAGCCUUGAAGUCCAAAGCAAAUGACCACAAUGUUUCAUCUUUAAUACCUUAUUUCAUUUUGUAAGGGGGAGUUAGAUUAAAAUGUUAUCUCACUGGUGUAUUCAGUUACCUAAAUCCUUGGUUACGCGGUCCAGAGUCCGGUCACCAAAAAAGAAUGUGUAUUCCCUAACCACUUAGUGACUGGUUUGCUGGAAGUUGCUGGCUGUUGCUAGGUGUCACUAAUCAGAAUUAGAAUACUUUAUUGAUUCCUAGGGCAAAUUAUUUUGGUUACAGUGCUCCAGUACAAACAGUAACAAAGACAGACAAUACACAAAGUAAGAAAUAUACAAUAUAUAUAUAUGUAUAUAUCUGAAUAAGAAAGUAGAGCAUGUGCAAAAAGGGUGUAUACAGUGUGUUAAGUAAAUAGAUUCUACAUUCUACAUUCUGGUUUGCUACUGCUUAGUGAGUCGUUUUGUGAGUGAUUGCAGACAAGUUAGCGUCUUCAAUGUAAACUACUAGCACACUUAGAUCCCUGCUAGCAACUGAAGCAAUUGCAAGGUUUCUGGUGCUGCACCAUAUACCCUUAUGCAACCAAUGUCAUGCUAACAAUUGUCAGCAAUGUCUAGCAACUAUUUUCCAACCGGUUGAAGAGUGUACACUUUUCCCUAGUGAAUGGAGGUUGCCAGUGUGUCAUUAAAAUGUCAUUAGUCCUUAGUGAAUAAUUCUUUAGCAGUUGAUUUCACAGUGACUGCCAGCAAUCUUCAUGACCCAUGCCAAUUAGUCUCACAUUUUUCACUAGCACUGGUGCCAGUGAUUGCUAUAUGAGUGCUCACCAUUCCCUAGACCUCUGUGACUGUGGAUUAAGCUAAGCCAACUGGCUACAUUCUUAAAUUUGGGUGAUUAGCUUAGCUGGAUAUUAAGGAAGUAGGCUAAAUAGCACGGCUAACUUUAAUAAAUCCCUAACUUUAAUAAAAACCCCAAAUACCCCUCUGCCCAGCCAGACCACAGUUCUGUCUAUGUAACACCCUUUAAGCUGGCUGUCACUUUGCUGUAGCUUUAUAAUUUGAUUGAAUGCAAACCAAAAAAUUCUAAUUUAAAAUGAAUAAAUAUACAUAAUAUGUGUGUGUGAUGCUGUGACUAAAAAAUGUAGCUGAGGCUGUCCAUUUAAUUUCAUAUCUGACAAUAGUUUCAAGUGAAUGUCUGUGUAUAAUUAGUGAUAAUGCUGCAUUAUUUCUGUCAGGGUUUAACCUGUUGUUUUUUUGUCAGUUGUCUGCGUAAUUUGUGUUUUCUUACUUUUAACCUCAUGAAAACCACUGUUUAUGUAGCUCUUUUUUUCCUCUUAUGAUUAUUUUAAGUGCACAUUUUCAGAAUCAGAAUCAGAGAGUCUUUAUUUAUCCCCAAGGGGCAAUUAGGAUACAUUUUUAUGUUGUGGCGUCUGAAUCUGAAAAUAAGGAUGUCAGCUGGUAGAAUUUUAGCUGUUUGCUAUGUGUACUUUGGAUGCAACUUGCACAGACUUUGAGUGAAAAAAACACAUUUUGUACAUUAUAGUCACGUAACUGCCUAAAAAUCUCAAUUUAUUUGCUCUAUCACAAUGUGAACCUUUUCACUGAACAGAAAAUAUUUUCCAAGCUUUUUGUUACUCUUUAUUGCUGUAAAUGUCCAUAAUUUUUCAUAAUUUCAUGCUUUCUGUUCCCCAAAUACAGUUCUGCUUAUUGCACGA